CAUCGCUUGGCCCAUUGGCGCAUCGCUUGGCAUGGCAUGGCCAUGGCCCGCAGUGCCGUGCUGACGCCGCUGGCGUCUGCGCUGUUAUGGCAAGUUGCCUCUCAGUCAUGCUGUGGACUCCAUCGUCCGGAAAGGGAGCGGGGCACAGACGUGGGGAUGAGGGACGGAGUGGACAAAGAUGUGCGAUCUGCCAAAAGCUUGCUUUCGAAGGAGUGCAGGUUUGGCGACAGGCAAAAACCACGAAACCGGGCAGUCCUUAUCACUACAUUGGCGCAGGUUCUCAGGGCAAGGCACCGGAAGCGAUGGUGUUGGAGGUUGUUUCGAAGAAGGUAUGCAAUAGGAACGUCCUGGCGCAGCUUCCCAAUCCCAAAGGCUACGCGCUGCACCAUCCAACUUUGCACUACGAGUGUGAAGACGUGCUGGAGAACUUCGGCGACGGAUUGAUUGAUGCCUUGACCCUGGGCGAAGAUAUCGCGGCAUUUUGCUGGGAUGUGGACAUAUGUGGUUCCAGCGAUGGACGGUUGUUUGAUUUCGAGCUCGAAGAUGACGAUGAUCUGGAGGAGAGUAGCAGUGAGCCUUCUAAAAGGAAGGGUCGUGAAGACUUGUAAUGCAGUUACUCGUCCAGAGGAGAGUUGUGAGCCGUACUCAAAACCACCUCGGGUAUCC